CAGUACAAGACUAUUAUCACCGAUGGAUGCGCUCAACACUCGACCCAAACCACAACCACUCAUAACUGGCCAUUGGAUACACAGACAACACCUGUCGGCCACCGAUCGGAGACAAUCACUACUGAAGACCAGUCAUUGACCGCCGAAAACAUUGUAAAUGAAGGAGAGAUAGGGAAAGACACUGGAAGUGAUGGAUGUGUUGACACAAAUACAGAGACAAUUAAUGUGAAAGAAAAUGAGAAUAAAGACGAGAAGAAAGACAACAAUUGGUCCCCACUUUCUGUGAUGAAGUACUCGACAUAUAAUAAGCCGAAGAGACAGAGAGUACAACAGACGGCGAGGAAGUCAUGUGUCAGUUCACCGCCGAAGACAUCCCUCUAUGUAUGCGAUUAUUACGGAUGUGUUAAGACAUUCACAGCAAAGAGUCUAUUAGAAGAUCACCGAAGGCUUAAACACAAAGAGUUUAGCAUUAAAUCGGAUAAUAAACUAAAUAUAAGGACAUUAAAGCCGUUUGCGUGCGAUUACGACAAUUGCAAUUUCCGAGCCGUCAAUCAGUCAAUACUUGACAGCCAUCGAGAGAAUCACGAGAGAGAUGACCAGCAAUUUCGAUGUGAUUACGACGAUUGCGGUCGAACUUUUGCAGAACAGCGGUCUCUUAAAACACAUCAACACAGGAGCGGACACUUCGAUGACAACGACUUUAUGGCGAUUCCGGGGCCGCCCUAUGGCUGCCAAUGGCCUGACUGUACGAAAGCAUUUACGACUGUAUGGAAACUGAAGAGACACUUGGAUGGCGUCCACACAAACGACCGGCCAUUCGAGUGUCACGACUGUCCGCAACGAUUUCUAUCGAAUAGCGAACUUUGUGUUCAUCGCCGGCAAAAGCACUCAUUGGAACCGUUUGUCGUGAAGAAAGAGUUUAAAUGCGAUUACAAUGACUGCCAGUACGAGACCAUUGGUUUGAGUGCUUUGAAUGAUCACAAGAAACGUCACCUCAAUAUCAAAGAGUUUGUCUGCGAAGAGACCGACUGUGGGAUGAGUUUUGUUACUAAAGGCGACCUCAGGAAACAUAUGCGGAAACACAGCGAUGAGCGGCCGCAUCGGUGCGAUUGGCCCGGAUGUGAGUCGGCGUACAAAAAGGCCGAGAGUUUGGUCGAACACCGGCGCCGACACACCGGAGAUCUGCCGUUCGCUUGCAAUGAUUGCGAAGAAAAGUUUCCCUCCAAUAACUCUUUGACAGAACAUCGCGGGAAACGACACAACAUUAAUAGAUAUGAAUGCGAUGUCAGCGGCUGUUCGUGGGCUACAAACUCGCGGACGGAAUUUAAUGUUCACCGACGGAAGCACCAGAAUGUGCGGCCAUUUGUGUGCGAAGAGACCGAUUGCGGGAAGAGUUUUCACAGAAAAGAAUCCCUCACUAAACAUAUGGUAUGUCACAGCGAAGAGCGGCCGUAUCGGUGCGAUUGGCCCGGAUGUGAGGCGGCGUAUAAGUGGGCUACAGCUCUGGAUCAACACCGGCGCAAACAUAGCGGCAAUCGGGAGUACAAGUGUCCGUUUGACGAAAUACACACAAACACCCGUAUGUCUGUCAUUGGCCCGAAUGUGACCAGAGAUUUGGUGAUAAUCGCCGACUUCAGGGCCAUAUGA